AUGGAUGACCAACCUCCCACCAACAUUUUCGUGGUUAAAAAACCUUGGAAGCAGCAUGUAACUGAAGCCAUGGUGACUUUCAUAAAACAUAUUCAUAGAAAGUAUCCCAGUUGUAAUGUGAUAGUGAAAAAAGAAGUGGCAGAGGAGCUUUAUGAUAACGAAGCACUUUUCUUUCCCAAGAACACCGAUGAUGGAGUUAACAGUAUGCCUCGCCACACACUUUACACGGGUACCAAUACAGAAAUCGUGUCCAAAACAGAUCUCCUAGUUUCUCUGGGUGGUGAUGGCACCAUUCUUCGAGGCGUCUCAAUGUUUUCCAAUACGACUGCACCUCCUGUUCUCACCUUUUCUAUGGGAACUUUAGGAUUUUUACUUCCGUUUGAGUUUAAAGACUACAGGACUGCUUUCAAAAAUGUUUAUGACAGCCGGGCCUACGUUAUGAGAAGAGAACGUGUAGAAUGUCACAUUGUCAAGAAAAAUGCCGAUACAAAAAAAGAAGUAACUGACAAUGCUGGAGAGCAAGAUCUUAUAGACUCUCACAGUUAUUCUUCAUCUUUCAUCAAGGUUCAUGCCAUGAACGAUAUAGUGAUGCACAGGGGAUCUCUACCUGGUCUCAUCAACUUGGAUGUAUAUGUGAACGAUCAUUUUCUGACAAGAACAACUGCCGACGGUUUAAUCUUUGCUACUCCUACCGGCUCCACUGCUUAUUCACUCUCUUCAGGUGGUUCUAUAGUUCAUCCUUCGGUUCGUUGUAUUCUUCUCACCCCGAUCUGCCCCAGAUCAUUGUCUUUUAGACCUCUUAUUUUACCUGCAUCGUCGCACAUUGUUGUGAGAGUUAGAUCGAAAAAUGACGGGAAGAGUAUCAACACGUCUCAAGCUUGCGCUUUUAUCAACUCAAGUGCUAAGAUGAGCGUAGACGGUAUUCCAGUGACAGAACUUGAACCUGGUGAUGAAAUGCAUGUUCUUUGCGAAUCCGAGCCGAGAGUCGGACCCAAUGGGGACCCUUGUCAUACAGAUACCGAUAUGCAGCGUCUUAAAGAAUACGACUACCGAGGUGUCUGGUGUGUUGCCAGAACUGAAGCUGACUGGGUCAACGGAAUUAAUGGCAUGUUAGGCUUUAAUUCGGGUUUCCGCACCAAGGCCUCUGAUGUUAUGUGA